GGAGCGCCGACGCCAUCCGGACACGCUUUUGUUUGUGGAUGAACACUCCAAACCGUUUCGGAAAUGUGGACAGAAAUUGGGAAAUUAUUAUUUUUUCAUUUUCUAUUGUCGGAAUUAUACUCAACGAAAGGUGCUGAAACAGGCAUUGAAACGGAGUGCGAGGAUGGACAGUUUCAGUGCAACAAUAAGAGAUGUAUUCCCACCAUAUGGAGAUGUGAUGAUGAUGAUGACUGCUCGGACAACAGCGAUGAGGAGAACUGCCUGAAGAAGACAUGUGCGCCCUCAGAGUUUGCAUGUGCGAACGGUCAGUGUGUUCCUGGGCGCUGGCGGUGUGAUGGAGAACCAGAGUGUCCGGACGGAUCGGAUGAGGCAGAUGCCACCUGCACAGUCAAACAGACGUGUCCCCCGGAGAAGUUUGACUGUGGAGGGAAGUGUGUGUCACUAUCCUGGCGUUGUGACGGUGAGAGAGACUGUGAAAAUGGUGCAGAUGAAGAGGACUGCGCAGCGGAUGCCAGGUCCUGCUCGGCAGGAGAGUUCCAGUGUCACAACCGUAAAUGUUUAGCACCAGUGUACGUGUGUGACGGUGAUGAUGACUGUGGAGAUGGCAGUGAUGAAGAGAAGUGCACUCCGCCCACCUGUGGACCGCAUGAGUUUCACUGUAACAGUUCAGAGUGUGUGCCGCAGCCCUGGACCUGUGACGGCGACCCCGACUGCUCUGAUGGCUCUGAUGAGUGGGCGGGGCGAUGUGGGGGCAGGUCUGGAGAGGCAGCUCCACCCCCUGCCCGCAGGCUACAGUGCAGUGCUGGAGAAUUCCGCUGUGGCAGUGGGGAGUGUGUGAGGCUGGCCUGGAGGUGUGACAGAGAUCCUGACUGCAAGGACAAAUCAGAUGAGGCCGACUGCCCUCUACUCACAUGCCGUCCCGAUGAGUUCCAGUGCGGCGACGGAUCCUGCAUCCACGGCAUAAAACAGUGCAACAAAAUACAUGAUUGCCUUGACAAAAGCGACGAGGCCGGCUGUGUCAACGCCACAAAGUGUGAAGGCCCUAUUAAGUUCCUCUGUAGGAAUGGGGAAUGCAUUGAUGGAAGCAAGGUGUGUGACAAUGUGAAGGACUGCAAGGAUCGAUCGGACGAACCCAAGAAGGAGUGCGGUUUGAAUGAAUGUUUGCUCAACAAUGGUGGCUGCUCACAUAUUUGUGUGGAUCGGCCCAUUGGAUAUGAGUGCCGGUGUCCUACCGGAUACAAGCUGCUGGACAAGAGGACGUGUGGAGACAUCGAUGAGUGUGAGAACCCUGAUGCUUGCAGUCAGAUCUGCAUCAACCUUAAAGGGGAUUUCAAGUGUGAGUGCCACCCAGGUUAUCAGAUGGACCCUGUGAGCAAGACUUGCAAAGCAGAGGGAAAAAGCCCUUACCUAAUGUUCACAAACAGGCAUGAGAUCAGGCGCAUUGACCUGGUAAAGAGGGACUACACACAGGUGGUUCCUACUCAGAAGAACGCUGUUGCCAUUGAUAUAGACGUGGCCACCAAUCUCAUGUUCUGGUGUGACCGUUUUCAACGCAAAAUAUACAGUGCGUACAUCCACGAGGCGAGCGACCCGUCUCGGCAUUUUACUCUGAUUGACUCUGAUCUGCACUCCCCUGAGGGUCUGGCUCUGGACUGGGUCCAGCACAACCUCUACUGGACUGACUCGGGUGACAGAACCAUCUCUGUGGCAUCUUCAGAUGGCAACAAGAGACGCGUGCUGAUCAGCACUGAACUGAGUGAGCCGCGGGCAAUCGCUGUCGAUCCAGAGCGAGGGUUCAUGUACUGGUCUGACUGGGGCAUUCGGGCCAAGAUUGAGAAGGCUGGCAUGAAUGGUGUGGAUCGGCAGGUGUUGGUGUCUGAAGACAUUGAGUGGCCUAAUGGAAUCACUCUAGAUGUGGUUGGCAAGCGCUUGUACUGGGUGGACUCCAAACUGCACCUGAUCUCCAGCGUUGAUUUAAACGGGGCCCACCGCAGAGUCAUCCUGUCCUCCAUCGAGACUCUCGGCCAUCCUUACGCCCUUGCUGUGUUCGAGGAUCGAGUGUACUGGACGGACCGCGAGAAUGAAGCCAUCUACAGCGCAAACAGACUCACGGGUCAAGAUGUAACCAGCCUCGCAGAACACCUUAAUGACCCUCAUGACAUUGUGGUUUUCCACAAGCUGAGCCAACCUGAGGCACCUGACAGCUGUAACCUGGGCAGCGUGACUAAUGGAGGCUGUGUCUUUCUGUGUCUACGAGCCCCUCAGAUCAGCGAACACUCACCCAAAUACACCUGCUCCUGUCCUGAUGGAGAGGAGCUGAGCCCUGAAACACGCCAAUGUGAACCCGUCCAAAAUGAGACUGCUGUAACACCCACUGCCCCCAUCAACAUCACCAUGGAAACAGUAACAGGGGCUGGUCAGGUACCGGAGUUUCCUGCGGCUGUGACAUCUCAGUCUGAUAGUGUAGCUGAGACCAGUACCUCAUUGCUCCUCACUUACAGCACAAAGGAACCGCCUGCAGUCUUCUCAAAUGUUACAGCAGAGCAUAUUCCAACCCAGGCAUCAAGAACCACACCAGGAGACAUGAGCAACCUGUCCCAUCAGUCUGGCAAUGAGUUGUUUCUCCUUGGCCGCAAUCUGACAGUGGCAGUGCUUGGCGUUGUGAUUCCUAUAGUUCCUAUUGUUGCCACAGUGGUCUUCGGUGUGCUGUGUGCCGGUGUAUACCUCGUGUACCGCAACUGGAGGCGGAACAGCACCAAGAGCAUGAACUUUGAUAAUCCUGUCUACCGCAAGACCACAGGAGAGACGGAGGAGGACGACAUCCAUAUCGGGCGAACUGAUGGGCUCGCUGGACACCACCACCCUUACCCUGGACCCGUUGUGGGCAUGACACCAGUCAGUACGGGGACAUGCCCGCCCUUCAUUGCUCUGCCUUUGGGGACGGGCUUACCAGACCCAGCCACACACUGGUACACAGAGCAGCCUACCAUCUCUAGUACUAAGUGAAGGGAAGAAACUCUAUAAAUAUUGUGACUGCCUGGAGCAGGACUGAGAUGCGGCUGCAAAGCUAUGCAGGUACUGAGGGAGUGACAAUUUUGCGAACUGAAUCAUUCUUAAUGUGGCCAGAUUUCAUAGUGCAAAGACUGGAUACACGCUGUAACAGGUUGGAAAUUUGUGAAGGAAUGUUGUCUGUAUUUCAGAACCAUAUUCAUUUGGCACAUUUGGUCUCAUAGAAUCACAUUACUAUUCCUACAUUUUUGCAAAAUUGUACAUGCCUCAUUGUACAUCACAGCAGUUUACUUGUGAAAUGAACACUAGAGGAACUACAACAACAAUGACUUUUAUUCACACAAAUCAUCACUUAUUUUCCGCCCUGUUCCUUACACAAUGUCGUCUUAUGACAUUAAACACUUUUUCUGUAGCGCAAGGCAAUAUAUUUUAAAGUUUCAUUAAAAAAAAUCAACAUUUACAAGCUUGUUUGAGUGAAGUCAAACUGAGUAGUUCAACUAAUUGAGUGGUGCACUUUCGAUGCAAAAGACCGGGGUACGAGUCCUGAAGAGCAUGGGCGUCGACACAUAGGUUGAAAGUAUCAUAGAAGCAACAUAAAAUGACAUUUUUCAUUUCUCAUUUGCUUUUUAUGACACUAUCAGUUAGGUUUAGGUCUAAUGUUUAAGGUAGAAUGGUAGGUUUUGUAGAUUUAAAACUCAAUACAGCAUUAACCUAAAAAAAACUAAUCUGUCCGAGAGUAAAUUUAACUCAAAUAAGAGAACUUGUCCUGAAAUUGUCCUUGUUGACAGCUGAUGCUCUCAUUAUUAGCAUGGCUUUCUAAUACUUGUAUUAAUCAAAAACAUAAAAAAUACUCUAAUUCAUUAUUUAUGUACAAUGCAGCAAAAUAUAUUAUUGUAGUGGAAUUUGAAGGAUAAUUCAUAUGUGUUUACAUUAAGGUACAUUUUUAUAGGUUACUAAUGUUGAAUAAGUGUUAUUAAGCAUUUAUUACCUGUGAGGUAAUCUAUCUGGCUCACUAUUUGGCAGGUAUUGCAUGAUAGUUGCCCUUUUGAUUCAUAUUGUUUUAACCGCAUAUCAAUGAUUUAUAAUGCAUUUGUAAAUUAAUUAGUAAUGAUGGUACUACAAAAAUGAUGAUGUUAGGAAAUUGAAAAAGGAUUAGUGUGGAAGAGACCUAAAACUGUUCGUCUGUAUCGCAGACUGUACUAUGGAAGCCCUGAACCACACCGUGAAAUUUUUUUAAAUUUUUUUUUUUUAGGUGUCUAGUGCCUUCCAGAGCCUAUGUCCUACAAAAAAAAAAAAAAAAAAAAAAAACUCACGUCUCUAAAACAUUUUUUUUCUCUCAAAUUUUUUUUUCUUUCUCAAAAAUUUUUUUCCUCUCAAUUUUUUUUUUUAUCUAAAAAUGUUUUUCUUUCAAAAAAAAAAUUAAAAAAAUUAGCAUGUGGUACCAACCUUGGCCACCAGGUGCCACUAUCACUAAAGGCGGAUUUACACAGGACGAGGUGGGCGGCAUGCUUUGCUUUGUGAUCUUGCCAGUAGAAGUGCAAUAAUGCCACCCACUGCUUCAGCUCAGUUACUGCAUCUAUGAGGCGAUUACUGUAAAUAUUGUAUUUGUUUUCAUGUAAGUGAUUGCACUUAAAUAAAAUGCCACUUAUUUUUUCAUAAAAUGUUUUAUAACUAUAAAUAUUGUAAUAAGCUAUUUUUGUAUUAAUGUAAAAUUAUAGUAUCAAGGCUAAACAAUGUAAUUGUAAAUAUUGAUGGCAUCUUGCCACCUGUCUCCACAUUUGAUGAGUUUCUCAUUUUCUUUGCUGACUGAAGAAACAGACUGCAUGUUACUAUAUAGUAUAAAUAACAUCACAUCAAUAAUUAAAAUGGGAGGGCUAUAAAUGAACAUUCAAAAUCCACAAAACACUCUGCCAAUAACCCGCCUGGACAAUUGUAUUUUCUGUUUAUCUAAAGUUGAUGUUUCAGACACCUGUUGCAGAAGAGAAAAUUUAAGUAUACGGUCCAUGGCACAUCUGUAUACAUUACACAGUCAUCUAUUUUCCAAACAUAAAAUAUACAUGUUUCCGUAAUCUAUUUUCACCUGGUACACCAAAUUGUCCACACAGCUUUCCAUGUGACUAAUUUCCUAUUUAUGUCUCUAUAAACACUCUAAGAAACGUUAUUUGUCAAGAGGAAAUUCAGCAACAGCGCGUAUAUUCGUCUCCAUGUUGUUUUUGACUACAUAAAAGCUGUGUGUCGUUUGAUUGGUUGUGAAUAAAUUCAGCUCUGAUUGGUCAAUGACAAGCGGCAGCUGCGGAAAGAUAAAAUAUUUUUAUCAUGCGCGGUGUGCUCCACAAGCAGUUGUGCACAACAAAGUGGCAGGCUUCUUGUAAACGAGCUUGGAAAGCAGCGCCGCUUCGACCGCCACAUCCGUUUUGGCGCAUGCGGACUCUCUCUCAUUGAAAAUGAAUAGGGAAAGUGCGGUGACCACGUCUUGUGUAAAACCACCUUAAACAUGAAAACAAGGUGACAGAUUACAGCUGUGGUACUUGAUCUGUUGAUUUAUAGUGGUAAAAUACUCUAACAAGAAUAAUUUGCAAAUAUUAAUCAAGGAAAGAAAUAUUAUAUUUGAGAGUCUACUAAUACAUGAAAUACUACAUGAAAUAAUACAUUAAAUUAAUAUACCUCAGGUUACAUAUGUUUCAUAUGGCAUUUGUUGUCAAGUGGGACAACGUGAGUUAUUUCUGAUUGUUUGAUGGCAUUCACCACUGGGAAUAUGGAUGCUGCUAUUGAUAAUGUGCUUUUUUUAUUUAUUUGUUGGCCCAUGUAAAGAUGCACUAGAUACAUAAAUGUCUUUGACCGUUGCGACGCCUCACGCUGUUUUCAGUGCUGUGUUUAAAGGGAUGACUUGUGUUAACGUUGCCUUUGUAGUGACAGCUGCCAUCUGUCACCUUGUAGGCAUAAGAUUUCAUGCUUACUGAUAGUGGCACCUGGUGGCCAAGGUUGGUACCACAUGCUAAUUUUUAGCUAGCAAGCAAAAAAAAAAAAAAAAAAAAAAAAAUGUGUUGCCUCUUGAGGACAAAAAAAAAUUGAGAGAAAAACACAUUUUGAGAGAGAAUAAAAAAUUUGAGAGAAAAAAAAUUUGAGAGGAAAAAAAGUUUGGAGAGAAAAAAAAUUAAGACAGAAAAAAAAAUUUGAGAGGAAAACAAAACUGAAAGAAAAAAAAGUAUAUAGAAAAGAAAUUGCAAGACAUAUGCCUACAGGAAGGCACUAGACACCUAAAAAAAAUAACAUUUCACCUACUGAAUUUUUUUUUUUUUUUUUUGCACGGUGUGGUUCAGGGCUUCCAUACUAUACAGUAUAACUGAUCUAUCUUUCACCUGUUCUCUGAUCGCAGACACCACAAGAACAAGUUUUGUUUUUCUUUUUUCAGUUAAGUGUUUUAUCAGCAAUUUACACGCUUUGAGAAAAGCAUGACCUUUUAGGUUGUCAAGCUAGAACCCACCCAAAAAUUAAGCAAAGGACAAGCAAAAUAGCAAGAAAAAAAUAUCAUGUCCUACUGUAAAUAAAAACAAAAUAUUCACAAUACUAUCCAGUUUCUCUGGGUUUGUUUAGUCCAUAGAGAGGCAUAUUUUUUAUUAAUCUCGCAUGCAAAUGAGAAGCCAUUGUCCUGGAUUUACACGACUGUCUGGUGAGGCUGCACAUUCAUCCUUGUUGGACUCCAAUGCACUGCAGCUUUAGUUUGGCAAAGACCUGAAAUAGGCUCAGUACCCUGGUUAGUGCAGCAGCUCUGGUAUAAUCACAUUGAGUCGAAAUUGGUGUUACGUGGGUCAGCUCGAGUGCGUUAAAGAAUGAGGUUUCUAGUGGUACACAACAAGCCAUGUUUCACUAGGUGUAAAUGGUUCUAAAUCAGUGAUAAUUUAUGAAAUGUCCCAGUUUCACAUAUCUGUUGUUUUUUUUGUGGGGGGUGGGGUGGGGGGGUGUUGCAUGCUGAACAGGCUUGCAGUGCCGCCCCCUUACAUUCAGUUUCAUUUUGUUUAUUCAUGCAUGUAGAAACUGGGUAACAUGUGCGGAUCACCACCCCAAGGGUUUAGAAUAGCUUCAGACACUGAGCUAAAGGUUACAAAAUCACUAUGUUAACGUCUAAAAACAUCAGAAUCACGUUAAUAUUGGAAAAAAAAAAGUGGCUUUGACUGGCAUCUGAGCAGACAGCCUGCUCAGCAGAUUUAACACUCAUGCAUCACUGUAAUAGAUGUAUUGACCUUUAAAGGUGCUUCGAAAGGACAUACAUUCCAAAUGCUGGACAUUUACUGUAUUUGUGCGGUUGUUUUUUGUUUAUGUGGUUAGGGAAUGUUUCGUUUGGUCUCAGGGAGAUGGUACAGAGUGUUUGUGGAGUAUUGGAAAGGAUUUUACUUUAUCAAUGAAAAUUGGCGUAGGAAUUCCAUAAUGUGAACAGUGCCAUUGAGAAAAAUGUUGAAGGUGUAAACAUUAUGUAGGCCUAGCUAAAAUGACAUUUUGUAAGAGACAAGUUUCUUAAAAGGUGGCACUUUCCAAAAAUGUUAAAAUAGUAGCUUGAAAAACUAAAAACACCACUGGACAAUAAUACUGCUGGUGUUACUCCUACGAAAACAUGUCUGUGUCAUAUUUCACCCCAAAAUAAAAAAAAACCAUAUUUUGCAUAAGGAAAAUUAACUCCAUUUUUCAUGAUAAUUAGGCACAUACCCCUGUAAUACAUACAUUUUAUAUAAAUCAGCAUAAUUUAAAGGCACUACAGCAAAUACUACCAUGUAUAAAUGUUUUGUAAUAUAAUGUAAUUUUUUCCCCAUUACAGUAAUGAGGAUGAGACAUUUUUUCUAUUACAAUAAUGGGAAUGAAACAUUUUCUCCAUGACGGUAAUGAGAAUGAGAUGUUUUUUUUUUAUUUUUCAAUUACAGUAAUGAGAAUGAAAUUUUCUUUCCCCCCCAUUACGGUAAUGAGAUGUAUUUUCCAUUAUGGUAAUGAGAAUGAGAUUUUUUUUAUUUUUUUUUCAUACAGAUGGUUUUUUUCUAUGACGGUAAUGAGAAUGAGAUAUUUUGUCCUAAUGAGAGUGAGAGGUUUUUUUUCCCAUUACAGUAAUGAGAAUGAGAUGGGGGGUUUUUCAUGACGGUAAUUAGAAUAAGACCUUUUUUUUUCAAUGACGGUAAAAAGAAUGAGACAUUUUUAACAUGAAAAUUAGAUUAGAUGUUUUUUCCAUUCUGGUAAUGAAAAUUAGAUGGGGUUUUUUCCAUUACAGUAAUGAGAAUGAGACAUUUCUUCCAAUAUUGUAAUGAGAAUGAGACAUUUUUUAACAUUAAGGUAAUGAGAAUGAGAUGUAUUUUCCAUUAUGCUAAUGAGAAUUAGAUAUUUUUCUAUUAUGGUAAUGAGAAAGAGACGUAUUUUUCAUUAUGGUAAUGAAAAUGUGAUGUGUUUUCCAUUACGCUAAUAAAAAUUAGAUGGUUUUUCCAUUAUAGUAAUGAAAAUUAGAUGGUUUUUUCCCAUAACAGUAAUGAGAAUGAGACGUUUCUUCCAAUACUGUAAUGAGAAUGAGACAUUUUUGAACAUUAAGGUAAUGAGAAUGAGAUGCAUUUUCCAUUACGUUAAUGAGAAUGAGAUUUUUUUUAUUAUGGUAAUGAAAAUGAGACAUUUUGUAUUACGGUAAUGAGAAUGAGACGUAUUUUCUAUUAUGGUAAUGAAAAUGUGAUGUUUUUUCCAUUACUGUAAUGAGAAUGAGAAUUUUUUUUCUAUUACAGUAAUGAGAAUUAGACAUUUUUUCCAUGACGGUAAUGAGAAUGAGACAUUUUUUCCAAUGCUCUAAUGAGAAUGCGGGAGGACGCACAUGUAAAGUGGUAACCCCCAGGGCCCGCAGUACCUUAAUGCAGCCCUGCUCAUUAGGCAGGUUUUUGUUAGAAAGACUAGCUAUUCAUUCACAGAUUAUACAAUCAGAUGUUACCUCAUUAAUAAAGAGCAUCACUUUAGGAUUUAAAAUGCAGUCUCCCUCAUAAGAGAGGAGCACUAAAAAUUCAGAGUGUGUGUGUGUGUGUGUGUGUGUGUGUGUGUGUGUGUGUGUGUGUGUGUGUGUGUGUGUGCCUGUGUGUUAAUAUGUGAGUUUAGAAUACAUGUACGUGUGGUUUGAGGUAAACCCUUUUGUGUGUAAAUAUGUUUUCAUACAAAUACUUUUGAUAAAUCUUUGUAAAAAUGUAAAUAAGAUUUUAGAAUACAGUAUUAUUGAAUUAAUUUAUUUGAAAAAACAUUUUUUUUAAUUGUUUUCUGAUGAUAAAAUCUUAUAUUCAGCCAAAGUGUUUCUGUGUUUCUUUGUAUUUUUUGCUGUUGGUAUUUUACAGUAUUUAUGUUUUUACUUUUAAAUUUGUUUAUUAUUUUCACCUUUUUCAGGUGUUACAAAACAUUUAGUUUUAUUUUAAAUUACAUUAUUGUACUAUAUUUUGUAAAAAAAAAUAAUAAUAAUUGUGUGCCUUGUUUUAAUUCUGUCUAAUCUGUCACUGCAUAAACUUUAUUGUGUCAUAAUGGUCUUAUUGUAUUUCAAAUAUUGCUUUUUAUAUGUCUCUCGAUUGAUUGAUAAAAAAAUGAAUUAAAACGUCUGGUGUCUUUUGGACUUUUAACUUUUUGAAAAUGUUUUAAUGUUAAUCAUAUUGCAACAUGAUCACACUGACCUGAACCCCACUGAAAAAAUUUGGAAUGUGAUCAAGAGGAAGAUGGAUGGCCACAAACCAUCAAACAAAGCCGAGCUGCUUGAAUUUUUGUGCCAGGAGUGGCAUAAAGUCACCCAACAGCAAUGUGAAAGACUGGUGGACAGCAUGCCAAGAUGCAUGAAAGCUGUGAUUGAAAAUCAGGGUUAUUCCACCAGAUAUUGAUUUCUGAACUCUUUCUAAGUUAAAACAUUAGUAUUGUGUUAUUUAUAAAUGAAUAUGAACUUGUUUUCUUUGCAUUA